CUUAUUUCUAUUUCUUCUUAUCAUUUGAUUUUUGAUUUUCAACAUCUAUUUCUCGCAUUUACACCUCACUUUCCCCCUUUCUGAAUCUAAUUUCUUUGUCUCCUUCUCGCACGCCGCCGUAGCUCGCCGGUCGCCGGUCACCGGAUUUCAUCGUGAAAUUGAGAAGUUUAAAAGGUUUUAAUUAUGGCAACGGCGACAUACCCUCCACCGCCACCUUUUUACAGGCUUUACAAAGAUUACUUGCAAGACCCUAAGUCUGCUCCCGAGCCUCCGCCGCCUAUUGAAGGGACUUACGUUUGUUUUGGAGGCAAUUACACGACCAGUGAUGUUCUACCAAGCUUGGAAGAACAAGGGGUGCGCCAGCUCUAUUCUAAGGGGCCUAAUGUUGAUUUCAAGAAGGAGCUGAGGUCACUCAAUGGAGAGUUGCAACUACAUGUCCUGGAGCUUGCUGAUAUUCUUAUUGAGAGACCUUCACAGUAUGCAAGGAGAGUUGAAGAAAUUUCUACUGUAUUCAAAAACUUACAUCACCUUUUAAAUUCAUUGCGUCCUCAUCAGGCGAGAGCAACUCUGAUUCACAUUUUGGAACUUCAGAUACAACGACGUAAACAGGCAGUGGAGGACAUAAAAAGGAGGAGAGAAGAAGCACGACGGCUCCUUAACGAGUCCUUGGCAACACUUGAUGGUCAUUAGAGCGUUCUCAAUCUUGUAUUCACAGCAAGAAUCAACUGAUGAAAUUAAUUUUAGAAUGAAUUUUGACCUCUAGAUUUUAGCAAAUGAUGAAAAGAUUAAAACAAGAAAUUUGAUGAAAGCUGUUUUGCAGCUUGUGUAGAGAUAUUAGAAUUAGAAGAAUUGUGAGUGUUGCUACUGCCCUUAUAAAUAUUCGGUGUAUGGAAGUCUGAACUGUCAAUGUAGGAAGUGGUGGGACGAAUUUGCCUCUGUUGAAUAUUAUUUAAAUAAUAUUAUAGUACCAUCUUUAUGGAAAGUUUCA